UUCUAGCCAAUGAGAUUUUAGCCAGUAAAAAACAUCUUCCGGGUAUCUCAUGUGGUUCAAGCAUGGCUCCGGGUGGGAAGAUAAACAGACCCAAAACUGAGUUGGGAAGGAAGUUGUUCAAGAGGCGCAGGGUUUUGGGUAGACAGAAAAGGCAGAAGCAUAUGAUCACUGGAGCCGUAGUGGAUAAAGGGAUCAUUACGAGGAAUCAUCUCAAAAAGAGAAGCUCUAGCGCUAGAGCCAACAUCACACUGUCUGGCAAGAAGAGAAACAAGCUUCUGAAGCAGCUAGCGCAUAUGGACAAGGAGAAAUCCGGCAUGGAUGUGACGUUUGUACAGAAGAAGACGGCCCCAGCACCACCCGCUGCCUCCGUCUCCACAAAGCCCAAGAAAGCAAAGCAGAAGAAGGCUGCUGGAGCGGCAGCUGUAGAGCUGAUGGACAUGGAGUGAUUGUGUUCUGUGGUGACGACUUGGCCUAAAAGACCACACAGAGGGAUUGGCUUGCCGCUGGUGUGCCCAUGGCAGGACUGGAGUUCAUUGUGUGGAAUGUAACUUUUAAAAUGUUGGAAAACAUCUUUGCGGUUUAAUGGAUGGACUACAAACACAGAUCAGUGUGCAAUGUGGAUGUGUCUUUGUGUGACAAAGUAGUUCUGUUCACAGAGAUUAAUAGAAUUUCUUUGUUUCAUGAAUUUCUUUGUUUCCAGAAUUUCUUUAGCAAGUUUUGUAAAGGUUUCAAAUGCUCACCCUGGAUUGUAAUGGAGCCAUUUAUGUUCAAACUGUCAAUUAUGGUGUUAUGUAAAAACAACAUAUGGUAAACUUUUUUUGUCAUUUUGUUAAUUAAAAAUGUUAAUAAAAUAGCAACUAUUUUUCUGUC